AUUUAAUCUGGUUUUGCCUAUUAUAAAUUCCACAACAUUCUCUAGUACAAGCACCACACAUCUUUCUCACAUUUAACACUCGACAAAUCAACCUUAAAGCAGUUGUUGCUUGUUCUCAUUUUUGUCACACUUGACUAACUACCAUGGCUGCCAAUAAUCAACUAUAUCAUAUUUCAUUGGCAUUGCUUUUUUGCUUUGGAUUGGUGGCUAUUCAAGUCAGUUCUCGUACUCUCCAAGAUAGCUCCAUGUAUGAGAAGCACGAGCAAUGGAUGAAUCAUUAUGGCAAAGUUUAUAAGGAUCAUCAAGAAAGGGACAAGAGUUUGAAAACAUUCACAGAGAACGUGAAUUAUAUUGAAGCUUUCAACAACGCCAAUAAUAACAAACCAUACAAGCUAGGCAUUAAUGAAUUUGCGGACCUCACCAACGGGGAGUUCGUAGCAUCUAGAAACAAAUUCAAGGGGCAUAUGUGCUCCUCAAUUACAAGGACAAGUAAUUUUAAGUAUGAAAAUGUAACUGCAAUCCCAUCAACAGUUGAUUGGAGGAAGAAGGGAGCAGUGACACCUGUGAAGAACCAAGGACAAUGUGGGUGUUGUUGGGCGUUUUCAGCUGUUGCAGCAACCGAAGGAAUUCAUAAGUUGAGUACUGGAAAAUUGAUCUCUUUAUCAGAACAAGAACUUGUUGAUUGUGACACAAAAGGUGUGGAUCAAGGCUGUGAAGGUGGUCUUAUGGAUGAUGCUUUCAAAUUCAUCAUUCAGAAUCAUGGACUCGACACGGAAGCCGAGUACCCCUAUCAGGGUGUUGACGGAACAUGCAAUACAAACAAAGCAUCCAUCUAUGCAGCUACUAUUUCCGGGUAUGAAGAUGUCCCUGCCAACAAUGAGCAGGCACUGCAAAAAGCUGUUGCAAAUCAACCAAUUUCUGUAGCCAUUGAUGCUAGUGGAUCUGACUUUCAGUUUUACAAAAGUGGUGUUUUCACUGGUUCAUGUGGAACCGAGUUGGAUCACGGUGUCACUGCCGUGGGUUAUGGUGUCAGUAAUGAUGGAACCAAAUAUUGGUUGGUUAAGAACUCAUGGGGAACUGAUUGGGGUGAACAAGGAUACAUUAUGAUGGAAAGGGGAGUCCAAGCUGCUGAAGGUCUAUGUGGCAUUGCAAUGCAAGCAUCUUACCCUACUGCAUAAAUAUCAAAUUUAAUACUUAUGUUACUUAAACUGUAAUUUGGGCUAAACUCUGAAUUUUUCUAUGUUUAUCACCUACUACUUAUACUUAUACUUGUGCAUUUAUCAAUACAAUGAAGAUAUUAAGAACAAAUCCUAUACAUCUACUACUAAUACUUGUGCAUUUAACAUUCACACUUAUGCUACCUAUUGUUUUUCUAAUUUUUAACUCCCAAAAAUCUCCUUUAUAACUUACAAAUGGCUCUCAGAAAGUGUUUCUGUUUCUCUCUUACAACUACUGGCUUUUGGAAAACUCAAAACUUGUCAUCCAAGCAGCACUGGUUUAGGUUUUAGA